UUAUUUAAAAAAUACCGUAAAAAUGCAGUAUCCCGGUAGCAAUCAGGCCUCAAAAUCUGGCCACUUUUUUAUGGUCCGGCUCGGCCCAAAGUGAUCCGAAUAUUGUUUAGCCCCCCCCCUCCCCCCGGGCCGAAAGAAACUUCGUUUACAAAGAUUUUUUUCUCAAUAGAGAGCUAUUCCAUAUUUUUCAGCUUCUAUAAAAAGUGAUAGCCAAGGGGAGGGGGAGGGAGGGCGGUAGCGUGGACAAGCUUUUCCCUAUCCCCCUCAGGGUGAGCCAAAUCUCAGGAAAAGGAUUGUUAAAAAAGGAUAAAAUCGUCUGGGCGGGCCGCCCGUUUCGAGGUCUGGUAGCAAUAAGCUAAGGACAGGAAGUGCAUGCAGUGCCUGUACACCUUGCGUGGCCAAAAGACGCUUGGAGGCGGGUACGGAUAAAUACCUUUGUCGCUAAACAAAAAGUUGUUUUCCUGCUGGCGUACACUUCCUUGGAAAAUUCCUGGUUAUGCCUCUGCUAUUGAUAGAAUUUUUUAUUUUUUUUCUCAUAGGAUACUGGUUGUUAUAUACGUGUAUUUCGUGAAAAUAUUGAUAAUAAACAUACAUGGAUAAAUUUAGCAAAAAAUCAAAAUGAAUUAGAAAAUCUAAUAAAACUUCUUAUAACUGAUCAUGUUGUACGAAAAAAAUUUCCUGAAUGGAAAUUUUCUUAUGAAUCAUUUAAUUGUUUAUCAUCAUCAAAUGAAUUUGAAGAACGUUAUUCAUUAAAUUUAUCAGAUAAUAAAAAUAAAAAUGAACUUUUAGAUGUACUAUGUUCUUCAGUAGUAAUAUUUAAUUCAGAUUUUAUCAAAACAGAAGAUGUUGAUUUUGAUCCAGUUGUUAAUCUUAAUCGAGAUUUACCAUCUUCACCACCAAUAUCAUCAUCGUUUGAGAUAGACAAUAUUGAAAGAAAAAAUGAAUUAGAUAAAACAUCUGAUAGUGAAUCAAUAAAUUCUAUUGAAAUAAUUGCUAAUCGUUUAAGUAUUUCAUCAUCAAAUGAUACAAGAGAUGAAAUAUAUUCUUGUGAUUAUUCACAAGAUUCAUAUAAUAAUUAUAAUUAUAAAUAUGAAGAUAUAGAAAAUACAAUAAAAAAAAGUCAACAUAUAACAUCAACAAAUGAUAAUCACGAUGUACAAGUUAUUAUAAAAAAACCAUUGUUAGAAAAAGGAAUAAAACGUAAACUUGUAGAUUAUGAUGAUAGUGAAAGUGAUUUAGAAGAUAAUGAAAAACAUAAUGAAACUAGUCAAGAUUCUCAUCAUAUUCCAGUUAACAAAGAAUCAAUAAAUAAUACUGAAUUACCUAUUGCAUUACGUCGAUCAAAACGUGGUCAUAGACCAUUUACGGCUGAUCUUUCUCCAACUUCAUCAAGCACAAGCAAAUCUGCUUCACGAAGUUCAGGAAGAAAGAAAUCUGUUAAUGAACGUUGGAAAAAUUCUAGUCAACCAUCUAAAACAAAUGGUCGUCGUCGUCGUCGUGGUAGAACAUCAACGAAUGAACAUUCAUCAUCAACUUCUGAUGAACAUCAACUAUAUAAUGAUGAUGAUCUUUCUGAUGAUUAUUUACCGGAUAAAACAGAAAUAGAUGUACUUCUUAAUGGAGAUUUACUAGAUGAAGAAGAAGAUGAUGAUGAUAGCAUUUCUCAUCGUACAGCUAAAACUGUUGCACUAUGUCAUGAACAAUUUCAACGACCAUUGACAGCAUGUUCUAUAUGUUUACAAAUCAAUCAUCCUGAAUCUUUAUUAUUAUGUGAAGAUUGUGAUGAUGCAUAUCAUUUAGAAUGUCUUAAACCUGAAUUAUUAUCAAUACCAAUUGAUAGUUGGUAUUGUCCACUAUGUGAACAUAAACGUUUAUGCGAUGGUUUAAUUGAAAAAUUACUUAUACUUAUAAAAGAUCAAAGAGAAUUUGAAAUGAAACGUCGAUUACAUGUAUCAAAACGAAGAAAACGUUUAACAAAUGUUGCAGUUAAUCUUGAACGAUAUGUUAAACAAUCAACAAAUGAAAUUAAAACAAAUGGUAUUAUGUCAAGUGAUGAAACGGAAGAAAAUGAAAAGAAAACUGAUUCAACAAAUAAUAAUAAUAAUAAUAAUAAUAAUAAUAAUAAUAAUAAUGAUGAUGAUGAUGAUGAUGAUAGUGUUUAUGGACGUAAAAAUGAUGAAAAUCGAAAACCAUCUGAUCAAGAAUCAGAACAACCAGGAAAACGUCGAGUAAGAUCAUGUCGACGAAAAGCGCAAAAUUAUUCAUUUGAUGAUUAUGAUAAAAAAAUUAAAGAAGCUAUGAUUGAUGCUGGAAUUAAUAAAGAAUUAAUUGAAAUUGAUUCAGAUGAUUCGGAUGAAGUGAUUUUGAAAAGAAAACAAUCAAAAAAACGUCGUCGAUAUGAAUAUGACGAUGAUUUUGAUGCCUCGGAUAGUAAAACUAAUGAGGAAUAUCUACCUAGUCGACGUCGAGUUACAAACGAUAAUAGCCGAAGUACUAUAAGGGAUUAUGAUGAUUUUCUAUCAAAUCGACGUCCAACUAUAAAUGAUGAUAGUCGAAGUAAUGCAAGAGAUUAUGAUGAUUUUCUACCUAAUCGACGUCCAACUAUAAAUGAUGAUAGUCGAAGUGCAAGAGAUUAUGAUGAUUUUCUACCAAAUCGUCGUUCAACUAUAAAUGAUGAUAGUCGAAGUGAUGCAAGAGAUUAUGAUGAUAAUGAUGAUUUUGGUAUGAGUGAUGAUGAUAGUGCUUGGAGAAAUCGACAACAACCAUCAGCAUCAUCAAAACCAAAAAAGAAAUCCAUUGCAAAAUCCAAUCGUAACAGUCGUCGGAAAUCAACAAUUAGAACAGAUGAAGAUAGCAUUCUUUCUGAAACGAAUCUAAACAAUUUAUCAUCAGGAAUCAAAAUAAAAACUGAACCAACAACUGAAUUUGAUAAAAAUAUCAAUGGUACGAAUGAAACUGCUAAAAAUGUGUUUGAUAAACAUCCAGUUGUCAACAAUUCAUUGAAUAAAAAUCCAGUUAUUAAUACUUCACUUGGUAAAACUCCAAACGUUGAAAAUGUAACUAAUCAAAAUGAAGUUGCUAAGACUCCUAAACCACGACGACCAAGAAGAGCAGCAGCUACAAAAAAGAAACCUUUAAUUCAACAAGAAAAGUUUACUGAUGAAGAAGAUAAUGGUCAUCCACCAUUACCAGCACGUAGACCUUAUAGAAGACGACGUGUUAGUCAUGAAUCAUCUCCAGAUGAUGAUGAUGAUUAUGAAAAAUUAGCACAUAAACGUCGAUUAUUUUCUCAAGGAAAAGGUACAAUACGAACAAGUAUAACAGCUCAUAUUAAAAAAUUAGUUGGAGAUGAAGAUGAAGAUGAAGACGAAGAACAGGAAGAAAUUGAAGAAGAUGCUACAAAAGAUAAAAGUUCAGAUGGAAAAAAAAAGGAUGGUAAUAAUAAUUCAAAACCAAAAAAUAAAAAUUUACAACAUGAUGAAUAUCAAUUAUCCGAUGAUGAUGAUUUUCCAGAUGAACAAGAAAUAUUAAAAACAACUGGUUUGAAUUUAAAAAAACCUUUAAAUAUACCAAAAGUUGCUCCUAUUCGAGCACCAGUUAUGUCUUCAAUGCAAUCAUAUCAGUUUACAAUGGCUGAUCCAACAGCAAAUUUUGACUUAACUUGUCUUCCGGAAACACCAAUAACAGAACCGAGUGACUCGAAUCAAGCUAAUGCCAAUCAUAAUCUAUCAACAACAAUUUAA